AUGACAAGGGGAAGAAACAGUACAAUUACCAGGUUCAUCCUCUUAGGAUUCUCUGAAUUCCCAAAGCUCACCAUUGUCCUCUUUGCAAUAUUCCUAGGGAUCUACCUCAUGACAGUAUCUUGGAACGUGGGCCUCAUCACCCUAAUCAGGAUGGACUCCCAUCUGCACACACCCAUGUACUUUUUCCUCAGUAAACUGUCCUUUCUAGACAUUUGUUAUGUUUCUACUAUAGCCCCAAGGAUGCUCUCAGACUUCUUCAAGAAGCAAAAAUUUAUCUCUUUUAUGGGGUGCACCAUACAGUACUUCUUUUUCUCUAGCCUGGGCUUGACUGAGUGCUGUCUUCUGGCGGCCAUGGCUUAUGAUCGAUACGCUGCCAUUUGUAAACCUCUGCUCUACACAGCCAUUAUGUCUCCCACCCUCUGUGUGCAGAUGGUGGCAGGAUCAUCUAUAACUGGAUUCUUUGGCUCAUUUAUCCAACUCUGUGCUUUACUUCAGCUCCAUUUCUGUAGGCCAAAUAUCAUCAACCACUUCUUCUGUGACCUGCCCCAGCUGCUGACCCUAUCCUGCUCUGACACUUUUUUCUUUCAAGUCAUGACAUCUGUGCUUACAGUCAUCUUUGGACUCACAUCUGUCCUGGUUAUCAUAAUAUCCUAUGGUUAUAUUGUUGCCACUAUUCUGAAAAUCACUUCAGCUGAAGGCAGAGCCAAGGCUUUCAACACCUGUGCUUCUCACCUGACAGCAGUGACCCUCUUCUUUGGCUCUGGUAUAUUUGUUUAUAUGUAUCCUAACUCUGAUGAUUCCUUGAGCCAAAACAAACUGGCAUCAGUCUUAUACACUGUUAUAAUCCCCAUGUUAAAUCCAUUGAUCUACAGCCUGAGGAACAAGGAAAUCAAAGAUGCCCUAAACAGAUGGAAGAAGAGAAUCUUCUUUUGGUGCUACUAA